UAAUAUCCUCCCAUCCAUAUUGAUUGAUUGCCCAACACGUGUGUGUAUGGGGAGGAAGACGUGACGUGGGUGAGGUGAGUGAGGUGCGUGGUGGGGUGUGGUGCUGCAUUGACCUCAUCGCACUUGCCUGCCAUGCCCUGCCAUACCGACCAAACCGACCGAAGUGGGUGGGAGCCCCCAGACAGACAGACAGACAGACAGACAGCCAGACAGCCAUGUCGCCAUGCGCACGUCUCGCCCCUCCCCUCGUUCUUCCUUCCCUUUAUCUACCGACCUGCUGUUUUCGCCCAUCUCAUCUGUUCUUUUCUAUUAUGUAUGCUGUCUGUUAUGUCGUUUCCAUCGCAAAUUCGCGUGGUGAUGCACACCUGCCUACCCCAGAUACAUACUUCGCCACGCCACCACACAUCCCACCACACCACAGACAGGACGUCUGGCUCGACAGAUAGAUAUAUGAUUGAUUGCCUUAUUUUUGGUGGUUGGUUCUUCUCAUCCUAACACUGUGGCGGGUGGGGGUACGGUGCGGUGCGGUGCGGUGGUUUAUGGAUCAUGGCUUGGCUUUGUGUGUGUGACAUGACGCGAUGCGUGUAGAGGUAGACAUACGUAGGUUGGGAUGAUAAGAGACGGGGUUUGCCUUCCUGCCUUCCUGCCUUCCUGCCUGCCUGCCUGCCGCUACCCUACCUAGCUACAUGACAAUGAAUGGAAUGUGACACUGACACUCUCACUCUCUCGUAUACUCGCUCAUCAUCCAGUAGAUAUUGAUUUCCACUAAGAUUGCCAUGUCAGCUGCAGCCUCCUGACGGUCCGGUCCUCCUCCAUCCUCUCGCCCCUCAUCCAGCGCCCUUGCACGCGGCCAUUCCAGACACUCACGCAUACCGGGUAGGCGCCGUGCAAAAACCGCAAGCAAGGGAUCACAAAGGAUGGACGAACCAAGCACCUUGCCAGACAAGGAUGGACCCUUACACUCUUCUCACUCGGGCAGCACCGCACAUGGGCCGAUUUCCCCCAUCAAUGGCGCCCAUAUACGUUGGUCGCGCAUCUUCAAUGCAGAGAGGCGAGACCAGCGUACACGACCCCCAUCGAAACGGAGAAAGCUGCCACACGGCCGCCCGGCCCUCACGCCACUCGCUUAGACACAGGCACACCACCCACCCAGGUACCAACAUAAGUACACAGGUCAGUCAAUAACGGGGUACGGUACUGUCGACCUGCCUGCUCCACUCAUCUACACCCCCCGCCAGGUUGACCACCUUCGUCAGCCUCCUCUUCUCACGCAGGUACUCGACCACCGCAGCGCUCCUCCGGCCGAUGUGGCACACCACCACCACACCCCUGCCGUCGUCCGGGAUCUCCCCCGCCCUCAUUUCGAUCUCGUGAAUGGGAAUGUGGAGGGCAGUCACCCCCUCGGGCACUCUGAUGGAGGCGAUUGAGGUCUCGUAAUCUUCCCGGACGUCUAGCAGGCAGCCGGGUGGUGUGGCUGAGGUGAGCCAUUGGUGGGCCACCUUUGGGGAGAUCUGCUUGACGCCAUGGGAGAUGGUGGGGCCGCGACGCUUCGACGAUGAGACGGAGGGAGCAAGGGGAGGGGGAGGGGGAGGGCCAGUCACCUGCAGAACGUGGGAGGGGUCAUGUGUGCAUCGCGUGGGCGUGUUUGUGCUGCGUGUGUCAAUCGUUACCUCUUGUGUGUCGAAGUGGAUAGAGAUGCCGUCCUUGGCUUUGGUGUUGGGGAUGCCCAGGUUGGUCACUGGCGGAGGGUGGCCCUCCAUCAGCCGGAACCUCGGAAAACGCCUGCACACAUACCAUACAUGCAUACAUGCGUCCGGCUCUUGAUGCAUUGCAUUCAUUGUGUGUGCUGUAGGCACACAUCCGUUCGUACGCACCUGAGAAUGAGGAAUAGCGUGGCCUUGAUGACCAUCAUCGAGAGAGGCCGGCCGAUGCAGCUCCUCGCCCCAAUGCCGAAAGGGACGAAGUGCUUUGACCUGUCAGAAUCAUCGCCACCCAUCGACACCGGCAGAAAUCUGCUUGCAUGACAGCACACACAGCACCGAGACAGAUUGGCCUUUUUGUGUUGACAGACUGACCAUCCCUCCCUCCCUCCCCUUGUCAGCACACCUGCUGGGUCGAAAUGCCUCUGGCUGGGUGAAGAUGUCACUGUUUGCAUGGUGCAUACAGAUGGGCACCCACAGGCCAACGCCGGCCGGCAGCACAUAGCGAGAGGCCGACCGCCCACGCACCUCCACUGGGGCCGUAAGGAAGCGAGCACACGCCGCCCCCACAUCCGCCAGCCGGAGGGACUCGCACACCACUGCGUGCAGAAAGGGAAGGGCGAGGAGGCGGUCGACGGCAGCACGGUCGAAGGGCGCGCCCACCCCUGAGAAUGACGGCCUGGAAGGAUAGAAAACGGACCGUUAGACUGUGCGUGUGUGGUUGCGUGUGCGUCCCCUCCUCUCACCCGCAUCCUUUGGCGAGCUCCUGUACAAGCCUGUCUUUCUCAGACGGCGCGUUUGCCAGGUGGUACAACGACCACCCAAUCGCCGCGGCGACGUCGUCAAAUCCAGCGAGGACGAGGAUCAGGCACGUGUCGCGCACCUUCUCCACACUCCACCCCUUCCCACGCAGUAUCCUCACCACAGUCACCGCCCCACUGUCACUCUCUGCUCUCUCAAUCAGGUCCUCCAGGAUGCGAUACACACGCCCGACGGCCGUCCAGAAGGCCUGGUCGCGAGCAGCCCUGGGGCUGAAGAGCCGGCGAAUGAGGGCGAGAGGGGAGGGUGCGGGGGACCCUUCGUAGGACUGCACCCUGGCUGCGAUGGCGUCGUCGAAUGCGGUGCGGAAUUCCUUGACGGUCUGGGGCGUGGCUGCAGGUCCGAAGCAGACCCGACAGAUGAGCUCCAUCGUCAUGGACGGCAACACCGCCUGCAUGACACACACACACACACAAACGUGUGAAUGAAUGAACAUAACACGUUUUUGGGUAGAGUCUGUGCCCUCAUGUCUGUCUGUCUGUCUGUGUUGUCACCUGCACAUCAACGGGCUCCCCCUGUGGUUCCGUGACCCAGCUGACCACAUGCCGCUCGACGCAAUCAGCCAUCACCUCAGCGCUCAGCAAGGCCUCGAGCGACCCACUGAUGGCGCCGGCAUCUGCCGAGGGUGGUGGUCCUCCUCCUUUGCUGUGCGAGAGGAUGGGGAUGAGGACCCCCCUGUCCUUCUUGGCGUCUGCGGCAGCCAGACACAUCAGUCCCGUGCGGCCCAUCAGUGCGCUGCGGACUUCAUCGAGCUGUGUCCUGUCACUCAGACGCAUUACCUGCACCAAUUGACACACACAGACGUGACGCACCCGCUAGGCAUGCAUGGCUCGCCGUUCGCUCACCGUCUUGCUAUUCUCCUCGGUCGGCGCCACACUCACGACACACCUGCCGUCGUGCCAAUACGACGCAACAGGCCCAUACGCCUCAGCCAGCCACGUCAGAAAUGAGCCCAGACCGCCCUUGUCCGCGAUGAGGGUGGAGUGAUCUGGUCGAAAGAGUAUCGACAGAGGGCUGCUGAAGAUGGACAGGCCGGGGAUCUGCCGCAUGCGCCAUACCAGCAGCAGCCGUCGGAUGAUGUCUUGGGAGAGCCACGCCGAGAGGCCGAGAAGGGCCAGUGCUUCAAGGAGGAAGACGUAGGGUGUGUGAUGCUCCUUCACCGUCCUCAGCAUCG